AUGGCCCUGCAAUAUCAAUUAGAACAAGUUGAUUAUCUUUUAGGAUUUAACUAUGCAAGGCUUGAUGAUGAUCGAAUCGACAAAUUGUUCGAUGAAAAGCCUUUGACAGAUUUAACGGAGGAAGACGAGGAGAUAAUUAAAUCUGUUGUGGCGGGAACAAUUCCUUCGUAUUCGUUGGAAUCGGAAUUAGGUGAUUGCAAGAGAGCGGUUGCAGUUAGGCGUGAGUCGUUACAGAGAUUAAUGGGCAAGUCAUUGUCUGGAUUGCCCUUGGAGGGGUUCGAUUACAAGUCGAUUUUGGGUUUCCAUUGUGAGAUGCCGAUCAAGUACUUGCAGAUUUCCGAGGGAAUUGCUGGGUUGUUGUUGCUUAAUGGAGGAGAGUUCUCGGUUCCCAUGGCUACCACUGAAGGUUGCUUGGUUGCUAGCACUAACAGGGAAAGUUUGUUUUAA